CUCUCGCCCGCAUCUCUUCUUCCAACUGCAGUUGGAAGCAGCGCCAUUUUGAGCGUUCGGCCUCCGCGGGCGUGAUCGCGGGGAGGCCGGGCUCCCUCCUUCACCUGGCUCUCCUCGCUGCGUUUCCAUAGAUACAUGUGGGGACGUGUGUGCACCGACGACGCUUAGGCCGCACCCGCAUCCGAGGCGCCCUUGCUAAGAUGAUGUUAAGGGGGAACCUGAAGCAAGUACGCAUCGAGAAAAACCCGGCUCGCCUUCGCGCCCUGGAGUCGGCGGCCGGCGAGGGCGAGCCGGUGGCCGCGGCGGCCAUGGCGCUGACGCUGGCGGGGGAACAGGCGCCGCCACCCGCGCCUUCCGAGGAGCACCCGGACGAGGAGAUGGGCUUCACCAUCGACAUCAAGAGUUUCCUCAAGCCGGGCGAGAAGACCUACACGCAGCGCUGCCGCCUCUUCGUGGGUAACCUGCCCACCGACAUUACGGAGGAGGACUUCAAGAGGCUCUUCGAGCGCUACGGCGAGCCCAGCGAGGUCUUCAUCAACCGCGACCGCGGCUUCGGCUUCAUUCGCCUGGAAUCCAGGACACUGGCUGAGAUUGCAAAAGCGGAGCUGGAUGGCACCAUACUGAAGAGCAGACCUCUCCGAAUUCGCUUUGCUACACAUGGGGCAGCUCUCACGGUCAAGAACCUUUCUCCAGUUGUUUCCAAUGAGCUUCUAGAGCAAGCAUUUUCCCAGUUUGGUCCAGUAGAGAAAGCUGUUGUGGUUGUGGAUGAUCGUGGUAGAGCUACAGGAAAAGGUUUUGUAGAAUUUGCAGCGAAGCCUCCUGCACGAAAGGCUCUGGAGAGAUGUGGUGAUGGGGCCUUCUUGCUAACAACAACACCUCGUCCAGUCAUUGUAGAACCUAUGGAGCAGUUUGAUGAUGAAGAUGGCUUACCAGAGAAGCUAAUGCAGAAAACUCAACAAUACCAUAAGGAAAGAGAACAGCCACCACGGUUUGCUCAGCCUGGGACAUUUGAAUUUGAAUAUGCAUCUCGAUGGAAGGCUCUUGAUGAAAUGGAAAAGCAGCAGCGUGAACAGGUUGAUAGAAACAUCAGAGAGGCCAAAGAGAAGUUGGAGGCAGAGAUGGAAGCAGCUAGACAUGAACACCAGUUAAUGCUAAUGAGGCAAGAUCUAAUGAGACGUCAAGAAGAACUCAGACGCUUGGAAGAACUCAGAAAUCAAGAAUUGCAGAAACGGAAGCAAAUACAAUUGAGACACGAAGAGGAACAUCGUCGUCGUGAAGAAGAAAUGAUCCGACACAGAGAGCAGGAGGAAUUGAGGAGACAGCAGGAGGGCUUUAAACCAAACUAUAUGGAAAAUAGAGAACAGGAAAUGAGAAUGGGUGAUAUGGGUCCCCGUGGAGCAAUAAACAUGGGAGAUGCAUUUAGCCCAGCACCUGCUGGUACCCAAGGGCCUCCUCCAAUGAUGGGUAUGAAUAUGAACAACAGAGGAACUAUACCUGGCCCACCAAUGGGCCCUGGUCCUGCCAUGGGACCAGAAGGAGCUGCAAAUAUGGGAACUCCAAUGAUACCAGAUAAUGGCGCAGUGCACAAUGAUAGGUUUCCUCAAGGACCUCCAUCCCAGAUGGGUUCGCCUAUGGGAAAUAGAACAGGUUCUGAAACCCCACAGGCACCAAUGAGUGGUGUGGGUCCUGUGAGUGGAGGUCCUGGUGGCUUUGGUAGAGGAAGUCAAGGGGGCAACUUUGAAGGCCCUAAUAAGCGUCGGAGAUACUAAAUAUUCUUGCAUUCCUGAGUACUUAGAAAAACAGUUUCAAUGGUAUGCCUUUACACUUUGUCUGUUACUUGGAAAAAUGGUUUUAUUGUUAAUGUACGUAGACUGAAGUUUUUGUUUUGUAAAACUUGAGGAUUUUUUGUAUUUUCUUUAUUCAUAAGCUUUGUAGAUUAGAUUAGUGAUAAAGAUACCCAUCAUUGUGAAUGUUGAAAUGUAUUUGAUCUUAGCUAAGGAUAACUAUGCCACAUUAUUACUAAAUCUAUGUAGUUACUUAAUCUCACUCAAUAAAGAAAUGAUUUUGCCUAAUUUAAAAAUGUUCUUAGUGGUAUUCCCUCAUGAUCUUAUAAAACUUGCUGUGGUUGCUUUAGCUUAAAAAAAAACAAAAACAAAAACGUGGGAAUGAUUUUGCUUUUCUGUUUGUUCAAGUAACCCUGAAGUCAGACCAUUAGUGAAAGCUAAUGUCAAUGGUGAUAAAUAGUGUAGUGUAUUUGUGGGUGGGAGGCAUGGGGAUUCAGAUUGUAUAAACCAUCCAUACUGUGUAAAAUUAGAGUUGUUGCUUACAUUUCAUAUAGAUUCUGACUAUCCAUAUAUUCUGAGAAAGGUUAUUAAGGAUAUCUUUGUUCUGUGCUGAUUUUUCCAAAUAAAUCUUUUGAAUCUUGAAAAAAA